CUUCGCCCUUGCCCUCACCCUCGCCGCCGCGUCCACUUCAUGCAUACAUAAUCUUCUUCAAUCCAUUCCAUACUCGCACACGCCUGGAACAUCUUCAGAUUCUUCACCCACUGCCGCCAAGCCUCCCUCUCACCAUCAUACCACGCGGUCAUUGCGCCAUUGUCCGUGCGCACCUGUGAAUCACCGCCGUCUUUAAAACACUUCCUCUGCUGCUCUCUCGCUGACCUGACCUACUCAAUCCUUCCGACAACCAUUCCGCCUUUGUCGACUGCUGCACCGUCGACACUGCCUUAUCACACAUCACACACCUGCUCCCUACCAUGGAUUGCUUCGCAGACUUCUGCCUCCACUGUGACCGAGAUUCUCCCGAUGGACCAUACUGUUCUCAGCAAUGCAAGCUGGCCGACCUCGAGCCAUCCACCCCGAGCUCGCCGACUUGUCCCACUUCGUCAAGUGCCGAGCGCAACUGGACAUCACGCCAGUACUACCAGCGAAAGACACCUUCGUACAGUACUCCAUCAACAAGCGGUCGACCCCAGUCAGGCUACUUCAUGUGGACACCACCGCAGCAGGCGGAUGAUCGAUCCUUGACCCCAUCAUCGUCAAGAACGUCUCUCUCAUCAACGUCGUCCACGAGCACAGCGUCAGGCAAUUACUCGCAGCACACGAAAGCUCAGCUCAACGACUAUUUCAGCUCCUUCGACCAGGCCAAAGCUGCUAAACGAAGAUCGAGCCUCAGAUAGACCACCAUACUUUCUUCUUGACUCGACAAACUUCUCAAUGUCAGACCCUGUGGAAGUCAAUUGACUCCUGUGCUAUCUUUCGACUUUUCCACUACCGCAUGUCCUACUUUCCGCACCGCAACCAGGAGCUUUGAGAUCACAGAACAGAGGCCGGGCGAGGUGUCUUUUCACGGCUGUACUACUAAAAGCAUUUGAGAGGGCGUCUUUGACGACCAUGUAGCUGGGAGCAAGAACUUUUUUUGAUCUUCGGUGUUCAGGAAUGACAUGGCCGGCGAGCCAAUGAGCAUGGAUGGAAUGUUGUUUCAGUGUUUGGGUUGAGGGUCCAAUGUGAGGGUUCAGUCACUACUCUUGUCGAUGUUUGUUCAGCAUGGAGGGGACCCUUGCAACGCUUGGGACCGACACACAAGUGUCACUGCGCAGCGGAGACGCGACGUAGCUUUCCGGAACGGAGGAAAGAAGGGAUGGUAGAGGCGGAAGUUUCAGGUGCCUCUCCAUUAUUGUGCCACAUGUCUCCAGUGAAGGCUUACCUUCCGGAGCAUGUCGCCAGCCUCGCUUGAGGCUUACCAGUUCACCACAACUGGUACUGGCAUAGCAGGUCAACAAGAAUUGAAUGACCUUGCUGCACUGUUGUCUCUCAUGAUGAUGAUCUGAUGUCCGGAUUCCAUGCCACUCUGAACUAUAUCGCGGCCACAACAUCCAUGCUGACGGUUGGUUGCCGAGAUAGUCGCUCGAGAUAGUCGCUCGAGAAGUACGAUGACCUAAUAAGCGCUGCAUGCUCCCGCCGAAUGCCAGAGCACUGCAUUAGGCAGGAUGAACUAGCUCUGUCCUCCCAAAUGAGGAACAUGAUUGUCGUCGAUGCGACGAUACUGCUA